UUCAGAAUAUGUGUUUAUUCUCACAAUUCUGUUGUGUUUAAGUCAGCACAACAGCGUAGUACAUAGUGGAAAUGGUGUUGUGUAUAGAAUUUAAAAGCGAGCCUGGCCUUAUUCUUCAUUCUGUGACAAGUUUCGGGUGUUCGCCAUGGGACACACCAGCCUGGAUAAGAUCAUUGCACUGCAGAGAAACCCAGCAAACAUCAGAAAUUUGUGCAUUCUGGCACAUGUUGACCAUGGCAAAACUACUCUUGCUGACUGCUUAGUGGCAAGUAAUGGUAUCAUAUCAAGUCGACUAGCUGGGAAGCUGAGGUAUCUUGACAGCAGAGAGGAUGAACAGAUCAGAGGAAUCACCAUGAAGUCCAGUGCCAUCUCUCUGCACUACACAAAUGGAGAUCAGGAGUACUUACUAAAUCUGAUUGACUCUCCUGGCCACGUUGACUUCUCCUCAGAGGUUUCCACUGCUGUCAGGUUGUGUGACGGUGCCAUUGUAGUUGUUGAUGCUGUGGAGGGAGUGUGUCCACAGACCCAGGUUGUGUUGCGUCAGGCGUGGCUAGAGAAAAUCAGGCCUGUUCUGGUCAUCAAUAAGAUAGACCGACUCAUCAUGGAGCUCAAGCUCACUUCUCAGGAAGCCUACACCCACCUGCAGAAGAUUCUGGAACAGGUGAAUGCAGUGACAGGGACUUUGUUCACAUCCAAAGUUCUAGAGGAACGAGCAGAGAAAGAGAAGGAGAAGGAGAAAGAGAGCGACACGUCAAGUGGUGAUCAGAUUUAUGACUGGAGUGCUGGCCUGGAGGAGGCUGAUGACUCCCACCUCUACUUUUCUCCUGACCAAGGGAAUGUGGUCUUUGCCAGUGCCAUAGAUGGAUGGGGCUUCAGCAUCCAGCAGUUUGCUCACAUCUACAGCCAGAGAAUGGGUAUUAAAGCAGAAGUGCUGCUCAAAACUCUUUGGGGAGAUUUCUACCUAAAUGCAAAAGCAAAGAAGAUCAUGAAAGGAGCUCAGGCCAAAGGAAAGAAGCCACUGUUUGUGCAGCUUGUGCUGGAAAACAUUUGGAGUUUAUAUGAUGCAGUUGUCACUAGGAGAGACAAGGAGAGGGUGGAGAAGGUGGUGACAUCACUUGGGGUAAAGGUGAUGGCCAGGGAGUCUCGUCACUCUGACCCCAAAGUCCUCCUUUCUGCCAUCUGCAGCCAGUGGUUACCUGUGUCCGAAGCUGUCCUCUGGAUGGUGUGUGAGAAGCUUCCCAGUCCUUUAGACAUGGCAGCAGAGCGCGUGGAGAAACUGAUGAGUGUCGGAGCGCAACGAUUUGACUCAUUGCCUCAACAUACUCAGGAACUGAAAAGAGCGUUCCUCCAGUGUUCGAGCGGGGAAAAUGCUCCAGUCAUCGUCUUUGUGUCCAAGAUGUUUGCCAUGGACACCAAGGCUUUGCCUCAGAACAGACAAAGGCCGUUGACCCAUGAAGAGAUUGCCCAGCGCAGAGAGCUUGCUAGACAGAGACAUGCUGACAAGAUGGCAGGUGAUCAAACAACAGCAGAGAGCCACAAAGACCUCACCCUCUCAGGGAGUAUGUCACAGGAAGGCCAACCUGCAGGACUAAGCACAACUAAAAAUGGGAGUCUGACAUUGAAAGAUUCAAAGCCAGAGGAGGAAGAGGAGCAGAGGGAGACCUUCAUAGCGUUUGCCAGGGUCUACAGCGGGGUGGUCAAGAAAGGACAGAGAGUAUUUGUGCUGGGACCAAAGUAUGACCCUGUUAAGGGCAUGAGCAUGCUGCCAGAGAGUUGCAGUGCAUCAGACCGUGUGCCUGAGGUGCCUCAUCUUGCCUGUUGUUCCAUGGAAAGCAUCUACCUACUGAUGGGCAGAGAGCUAGAAGAGCUGGAGGAGGUGCCUGCAGGAAAUGUCCUAGGUGUUGGAGGUCUGGAGGAUUGCGUUUUGAAGUCGGCCACCCUGUCAACCUCCCCUGCCUGUCCACCCUUCACCCCACUCAACUUUGAGGCCACGCCCAUUGUACGGGUUGCAAUAGAACCCAAACAUCCAAGUGAGAUGCCAAAGCUGGUGCGUGGGAUGCGUUUGUUGAACCAGGCAGAUCCCUGUGCUGAGGUACUGAUCCAGGAAACGGGAGAACAUGUUCUGGUCACUGCUGGUGAGGUUCACCUACAACGAUGCCUGGACGACCUCCGAGACCGGUUUGCUAAAAUUGAAAUCAGCGCAUCCAAGCCCAUCAUUCCAUUCAGAGAAACAGUGGUACGUCCUCCAAAAGUGGAUAUGGUGAAUGAAGACCUGGGCAAGCAGCAGAAAGUAGCCAUCAUUCACCAGGUGAAAGAAGAGGCCUCGCCGGGUCAUUCAUCAGACACCCUACAAGUGGACCCCAGUGGUCUGGUGACCCUCACCACUCCCAACAGACUGGCCACGAUCAGUGUCCGGGCAAUCCCCCUGCCUCAGGAGGUGACCUGUCUGUUGGAGAGUAGCUCAGAGCUUAUUCGGACUCUGGAGCACGUAAACAUGUCCCUGAGGGAGGGGAAAAAUCUGGACAUCAGCCUCGGGACCCUGGAGGCCAUCGCUGGAUUCAAGUCCCAGCUAGAAAGCCUGCUGCAGGGGAGGAAGUGGAGGAACACUGUGGAGCGUAUCUGGGCUUUUGGUCCUCGCAGGUAUGGUCCCAACAUUCUGCUGAACAGUGUGGAGGGCUACCAGCGGCCCUCGGUGUGGCAAUGUCUGAGUAGGGGGGACAACGUUGGCGAGCCUGGAACUCAAAUUGCAGUUCUAAGAGACUUUGACAACAGCAUCAUCAGUGGCUUCCAGCUAGCAACUCUGUCAGGGCCCAUGUGUGAGGAGCCCCUAAUGGGAGUGUGCUUCUCCACUGAGAGGUGGGACAUCAGGUAUUCAACCCCACUUCAGAAUCAGGAUUCCUUGGAGGAGAACUCCAUAUCCCAUGAGGCUUUAGCAGAAACCAAAGUGGAAGGAAGCAGUGACACAUCUGUACAGGCAGGGCUGAGCCAGACCAGACGCAGGCCAGAAGCUGCCUCUGCAGACUGCUACGGGCCGGUCUCGGGCCAGCUGAUCGCUACCAUGAAGGAAGCCUGCCGUCAUGCUUUCCAGGCUCAACCCCACAGACUCAUGGCCGCCAUGUAUACCUGUGAGAUCAUGGCAACCGCUGAGGUGCUAGGCCGAGUUUAUGGUGUACUGGGGAAGCGAGAAGGUCGUGUCCACCAUGAAGAGAUGAAGGAAGGGACAGACAUGUUUAUCAUCAAGGCUGUUCUUCCUGUGGCUGAGAGCUUCGGAUUUGCUGACGAAAUUCGCAAGAGGACCAGUGGAUUGGCCAGUCCACAGUUGGUCUUCAGUCACUGGGAGGUUAUUAACAAUGAUCCAUACUGGGUUCCCACCACCGAGGAAGAAUACCUGCACUUUGGUGAGAAAGCAGACUCCAGCAACCAGGCCCUCAAAUACAUGAACGCUGUCCGCCGCCGCAAAGGCCUCUAUGUGGAGGAGAAGAUAGUAGAGCAUGCAGAGAAGCAGAGAACACUCAGCAAAAACAAAUAGAGAGGAAAGCACACAGAAGAUACCUCCAGUAGCAGCUCCUCCUGCCAGGCUGCGAGACACUGCCAUUGACAUCCAUCCAUCCAGGAUUGCAGACACAUACUGUGUAGCAGUGACAUUCAUGAUUAUUCCGAAUGCAGCAGUCAGUCAAUUUUCAAAGAGAUGUCCAUCACAGCGUCAGUGGUUCUACACUUAACCAGUUAACAACAGCAGACUGCAGUUAAAGUCUUCCUGACCAUUUUCUCGUGCAACAGAAUAAAUUCCAAAAUACACAUACAGUUAGCUCCAUAGGUAUUUGGACAGUGACACAGUUUUCGUAAUUUUGCUUCUAUACACCACCACA